GAACGGAACCCUCAAACAAUCUGGCAGCACUGACUCUGAGUGUUGGUUCUUUUUUGUGCUGGUUUACUACACAAAAGUGCUACUUGCUUGUCGCUUGGACGGCUAAUAAAUUGGAAGAAUUUAAUAUCCAGCAGCCUGUCUACGGUUCGGUUCAGUGCGUCGGGCGAAAGGAACACAAUUCGCAUCCUGGUAACUCUGAAACCAAGUGCGGACAAUCCUACGUGCGAUUGCCUGUGUAGUGGUGUGCUUCGUGUGUGCGUGUGUGUUGGUUUGGUGCUGUCGUCGUAGCAAAAGAAGAAGCAGAAACAGCAGCAGAAAAGGAGCAGCAGCAGCAGCGAAGAAGAAGCGCAGGGAGUCCAGGCAUUCGCCGGAUCGGGAAAAGUAAAACCAGAGCCUCAGAGCUCCCAACUGAGGAACAGCUGAAGGUUAAGAAGGCAAGACACAGAAUGCAACAGCAACCGGAGUCGGGCGGCGAGGAGAGCUGGCUGGAGGAGCAAUGUCAUCGUGAAAUCCACGGACAGCACGAUGAGUACGAACGGGAGUAUGUGCGUCAGCGAGACAACAACCUGAGCACCGUGUGGGGAGCAUUCCAGGAUUCGGCCACCGCCGUCGCCCAGCUUUAUAGAGAGCGCUCAUCAAACACAUUUUCCUCAUCAGACACAGGCGCCCUUUGGCUGCCCUUCCAAACCGCAGCUGGCACUGUGACAACUCUCUACAAAGAAUCAUGUGAUGGUCUCAAACGCACCAGCGACGCUGCCGUUCAGUGCGGCUACCAAAGACGCACUCGCGAGUUGGCCGAUUGGGCGCGCAGCAAAAAACGCCGCAUGAUCCGCCGCGAGGAUCUAUUGGCCUAUUUGGCUGGGAAACCUCUACCGCCAUCCAAUACAAAUCCACAUGCCAAUCGUCGCUCACCCAAGCCGGAGCAUCAUCAGAGCGGAAGUGGCGGCUCCGGACUUGGAUUUCACAGUUCCGGUCUGGGCUUAAACAGUGGUCCGCCAUCUGUCGCUGGCGGCGUUGGUCACUUGCUAUCCGCCGGCGCAGGUGGCGGCGGUCAGGCGGGAGCGGGCUGUGCUCCCGGCGGUGGAAUAGGAGAUGAUUUGCACACCUUCAAGGAGGCCUUAGUUCUGCGUCCACGCGGUCCGGAACUAUUUGCAUUUGUUGCCAACGAAAUUGCGCGCCAUUGCAAGCGUCCGGGCAGUCCCAUUGACGACAAAAUGGACAUAUGUCAUUACAGCAGUAAGCGCCAGCGCUUCAUGUAAACCCAUCCCCACCCAGCCCCAUCACAAUCCCCUGUACGCACCCACAGUAAGCCAACAAACACACACACAAAGGAUCUUUCCUUCUGGGAUUAAGUUAUAUGGAAAUUGAGUGAACGCUAAGAGAGAUCCUUGCGGACAAAAACAAACAAAAAAAUUGUAUAUUAUCUUUGAUCGUUUAACCUUUUUUUUUUUUGCUAGCCCCCAAUGUAGUUAUUAUUCUUUUGCCCUCCCGUUCAGUCCUUUCACAUGCAGCAUAUGUACGUAAAACACAAACACAUACAUACAUAAUGUUAAGUUACAUUUAGUUCGUAGCACUUAAGUAAAAAGUAUGAAUUAAUGCCGACUGUAGUGGUGACAUGAUGUUGAUGUCUCGGGGAUAAUGCCCAAAAAGUGGGCAAUAUAUCGCCAACUGUUGAUCAUAAUUGUCAUUGUCUUCAUGCGCGGCGUAACGACAAAAAAGAAAGAAAAAAAGAUAUAUCUGUUAUAGGCCACCUGUGCGUCUGAGUUAAGAUUAAGCAAAAAACUAAAGUAAAUAUGUUGUAAAAUGCAUGCCCCCCUAAGUUAGGCAAACCCACAAAUAUGCAGCUGUGUAAAUAACAAAACUAAAAAAUUUAUAAAACAAGAGAUGAAAAAACAAAUCAUGAAGCCCAA